UUUUUUUGGUUGUUUAAGUUUAUGUGAUUGUGAGACAUUCAGAUCUGAAAUGGAGAGUUGUGUGAUGUCUACUUUCUUUUCUGUGAAGCUAUCGUUACUGUGUGUGGCGUUGCUUUUCUUGUUUCUGAAGAUUUCUCUCUGUCAGUUGGUGUGAGUUUGAUAGUACUGUUUUUGCUUCCGUUUUGGUCAAUGGAGGUAUGGGAUUGGAUCCCAAUUCCAUAUUUUCAGAGCUCUAUAUAAUGUUUGGAUAUUCAACGAUGUGUAUACAUUUCAGAAUUGGGAAUUAAAGAAAAGAUCUCAAGAAAUGGCCAAGGAAAACGGAACCGCAAAGCCCCCUCCAACACCAUCUCCUCUGAGAUUUUCUAAAUAUUUUCAGUCUAACAUGAGAAUUCUUAUUACUGGAGGUGCUGGAUUCAUUGGUUCCCAUCUAGUGGACAGGUUGAUGGAAAAUGAAAAGAAUGAGGUGAUUGUUGCUGAUAAUUAUUUCACUGGCUCAAAAGAGAACCUGCAAAAAUGGAUUGGUCAUCCAAGAUUUGAACUUAUCCGCCAUGAUGUCACGGAGACAUUACUAGUUGAGGUGGAUCAGAUUUAUCAUCUUGCUUGCCCUGCCUCUCCAAUCUUCUACAAAUAUAACCCUGUAAAGACAAUUAAGACGAAUGUCAUUGGUACCUUGAAUAUGCUGGGACUUGCCAAGCGAGUUGGAGCAAGGAUCUUGCUCACAUCAACAUCUGAGGUGUAUGGAGAUCCACUUGAGCAUCCCCAGAAAGAGAGUUACUGGGGGAAUGUUAAUCCAAUUGGAGUUAGGAGCUGCUAUGAUGAGGGAAAGCGAGUGGCUGAAACAUUGAUGUUUGAUUACCAUAGGCAGCAUGGAAUAGAAAUUCGAAUUGCCCGUAUCUUCAACACCUAUGGACCCCGCAUGAAUAUUGAUGAUGGUCGUGUUGUCAGUAAUUUCAUUGCCCAAGCUAUCCGUGGGGAAUCUUUGACGGUACAGGCACCUGGAACACAAACCCGGAGUUUCUGUUAUGUUUCUGAUAUGGUUGAUGGUCUUAUUCGGCUAAUGGAGGGAAACGACACUGGGCCAAUUAACAUUGGGAAUCCAGGUGAAUUUACAAUGACUGAACUUGCAGAGAAUGUUAAAGAGCUUAUAAAUCCUGAUGUGAAGAUUACAAUGGUGGAAAACACUCCAGAUGAUCCUCGACAGAGGAAGCCAGUUAUUUCAAAGGCAAAGGAGGUUCUGGGAUGGGAACCAAAGGUCAAACUGCGAGAUGGCCUUGCUCUCAUGGAGGAAGAUUUUCGGAGGAGGCUUGGUAUUCCAAAGAAGAACUAAACUUUCAUCACAGUUCCACAGAAAAAAUGCUUGAUAUCAAAGCUUACAUGGACGAUGACAACAUCUCUCCGAUAUCAUAUGCUAUUAGUUACAAUAAAUGUCCUAGGCUUGUAUUCUGUAACAGUAAAGAAUACAGGAAGAUAUCAUUUUUAAAUGUAUUUUGUUUGAAAACACAAAACUGAAGCUUCUUUCGGUAGCACAAUUCUUUGA